AUGAAGAAACAAGAAUGGGAACUUGAUGCUUCAAAACUUACUGUCAAAAAAUUAAUUGGCCUUGGAGGUUUUGGGGUAGUUUAUAAAGGCCUUUACAACGGAAAACAAGUUGCAGUUAAAGUAUUUGAUUUGGGAGAUGAAAAGAAGAAUUCAAUAGAAAAAAAGCAAUUGAUGGAAGAGGUAUUCAUGCAAGAAGUUUCUGCUUGGUGCAAUCUUCAACACUCCAAUAUCGCUGAGUUUAUUGGAGCUAUAAAUAAGAAGAACAUGUCAAAGAUAAAAAUGAAAUGUGAAAAAGGUGCAACACUGCCAAUAAAUGGAUGUUGCAUAGUUGUGGAAUAUGUUGGUGGAGGUACUCUUCAAUCCUAUCUUUCCAGACAUACAAUGAAGAAGAAAUUGCCUUUAGAUACAAUAAUACAACUUGCAUUGGAUGUUGCUAAAGGGUUGAGUUACAUUCAUUCUAACAAAAUUGCUCAUAGAGAUGUGAAAACUGAGAAUUUACUUGUUGACAAAACUGGAAGAAUUAUCCUCCUAUGA